AUGAUAAAAAAACAGUAUUUGGGUAUGCAAUAUCCAGAAAUUGUUUUCGGGAUUGGCGAUUAUAAAACGGAAUCCUAUAAGAUGACGGAAGGAUUUGAAGAAUUAAAGGUAACUAUAGAGCGUCAUACCCAAAGUUUCUCGAACCGAAGAAGAUUGAGGCUGCAAUUCAGUGGGAACUUUUUUCCAGCUAAGGAGUGGACGCCUAGGGAAUUAUUUGCUUUGGUUCUAAGGAAAUAUAUAUAA